AUGAAGCUGAUCAAGUUACAAUUUUGCUUGAUUCUUAUUAUAAAAUUUGCACAAGGAAAUCCAGAAGGAAAAAUACAUUGGUCGUCAGUUAGUUACACCUCUAAUCCAGCUUACUUCUCGGAUUAUAGUGUUAACAUAUUUAACGACACAGAUGGUGAAACAAAAUGUAAUGCGACUUUUACUCAAUUAGAGGACAUGGAAAAGCUUAUAAUAACAAUUGUAAUUAAACAAAACUCCAAGAAAGGCAUGAAAGAUUUUGAUCGUGAAUUAUUAAGAAUUAAUGCAGAUACUUGCAAACUAUCCCAAGGCACAUUCAAAAAUUAUGUUGUACGCAACAUUUAUAGAGAAGAAGGAAAUCCUGGAGCAAAAAUAUAUUGGUCGUCAGUUACUUACACCUCUAAUCCAAUGUACGUUUCGGAUGUUAGUACUAACAUAUUUAACGACACAGAUGGUGACACGAAAUUUAAUAUGACUGUAACUCAAUUAGAGGACAUGGAAAAGUUAUUAAUUACAAUUGUACUUAUACAAAACUCCAAGAAAGGCAUGAAAGAUUUUAAUCGUGAAUUAUUAAGAAUUAAUGCAGAUACGUGCAAUCAAUUCAAAGGCACAUUCAAAAAUGCUAUUGUACGCAACAUUUUCAGAGAUAUUAGAGAAGUUUCCAACAUAAAAUUUUCAUGUCCUCAGCCAAAAGGUAUAUUUUAUAUCAGAGAACUUGUAUUGCCUGGUUCUAUACCGUUUAUGGAUAAAUUUAUAAAGUACGCUUUAGAAGGAGACUUCGAAAUGACUGUGCUGAUUCGAGCAAAACCAUUUAAAAAAAAAUUAACCAACGGUGUUUCUGUGAAAGCUUAUGGAGUUUUUACAUAUGAAUGA